AUGUUGGCGGUGUGCGCCGGCGCAGACGCGGUCAGCGGUUUCGGGCUGCAUCUGGGGGAUCUGCUGCUGAUCCCGGAGACCGAUGUCCACUGGGGCGAUGCGGUGAAUACCGCCAGCAAGUUGGGCCAGGACAUUGCCACAGAUCAGAACAUCCUCAUCUCCGCUGCAGUGCAGCAGGCCAUCCGCGAGCCCAACGGACUUGGCCUGGAGAUGGAGCCUCUCACCGUGUCCCGGUCCAACGUGUCCUUCCAGUGCUUUCGCAUCUCGCGACCUCCGCCUGAGCCGCUCGAGGCGGCAGGUGAGCCUGCGUAG